AUGGCGGACCUGCAGGAGCUGUUUGCCCGGCUCCAAGGUGGCGCCACUGGCAAUCAGCAGCAGCAACAACACAGCUAUCAGCAGCCCUCCGUCUCCUCGCCCAUCUUCUCUCCCUCACCGAGCGGCCCGCAGCCUCAUCAUCAUUCUGCCAUCAUGUCGCCCAACACGUCUGUGACGACGACGCCUGCGCCCGAACACGGCCAUGUGUCUCACCAGACGCCCCAGCAGCAAUCAACCAACCUCCUCAAUCUGCUGCGCUUCAACUCGCAAUCGGGCGCUGGCCAGCCCAGACGCGUGUCGCAGCAGUCACAAGUUCAGACUUCGGAUUUGAUGGCGAGCAUGAUGGGUGGCAGUAGGACGGGCUCCCAGAGCGCUGCCUCUCAAGCUCAAGCUAUGCCUGCGCCCGUGCCCUCGCAGCAGCAGAACCCGCAGGAUUUGCUCCUCCGCCUGCUCAACCACCCUAAGCCGCCCCAGUCAAGCGGUCGCUCAUCUCGGGCUGCGUCAGCUGUGCUUUCUCCGCCCGCUGUGUCAGCUGUGCUGUCUACGCCUGCUGUGUCCAACAAGCCUGAAACGGUUGUGGACGACCUCGCGCAAGAUGUUGCCGACGCUGCGCUCGAGCAGGUGCCCGCUGAUCCCGCAGUCCCCGCAGCCCCCGCCCCCGGAUCCUCUGCCUCGUCCAUCAAGAUUUUGGGCUCCGAGGGCAACAACACUCCUUCGUCGCGUUUCCCUGUUGAAGCGUCUUCGCUUGCUCCAAAAUUCACCUAUGUCAACCCAUUCGACCAACUCGAAGCCGCGAGCCCUCGCAACCGCACCCCAGUACAGCAGGGCUCUAAGCCACCCGCUCCAAAGGUCGAGAUCCUCAAGAAAAACGCGCCCGAAGCUCCUCCUCCACCGGCCGAGGAAGACGCGCCUGCUCCUGUACACGAGUCUGUGGCUGAGGCUGUGAGUGAUUUGGGCGAGCAGGUUGGUCAGCAGAUUGAGGCUGCGCUUGCUGAAGCCGAGGGCAAAGCAGCUACGCCCGUGCCCGAGGAGUCGAACGAACCUGCUCCAGAGGUUCAAGAAGUUCAAGAAGUUCAAGAAAUCCAAGAGGUCAUGACUGAGAUCGCUACUGAGAUCAAAGAGGAAUUCGAGGACCCCAGCAAGGCCAAAGAGAUUGAAGAAAGUAUUCCUAAGCCUAUCGCAGUUGUCUUGAAAGAAGUCGCGACUGAGCUCGCUGAAGACAAUGUCGCUGAGAACUGGGAAACUGCCGAAGCGGAAGAAAGCCUCGCCAAGGGUGACGACCAGACGGUAAUAGUCUACAGGUUCCCCAUGCGCGCCUUUGCUUCCAUUCAGGUUAACCAGAUGCCACCCCGCAAUCUCUAUUUUGCCAAUGAGCUGUUCAUGGACAUUGCUCGCUUGAAGAAAGAAUUUGAUCAGAUUGAUCGAUCUCUCGUCGCUGCUAGCAAGCACUUCAUUGUCUAUGCCCUCGUCAAGAAGGGCGGUUUCCGUAUCAUUCGCCAAGAGAACGGACAUUACCGCCAGGUGUUUGAGAACCACCAAGAGCGCAUCUUCAACAUCGCCGUCUGCACUGCCGCGGAUGACUCACAGCAGUCUGUUGAGAGCAUUCUGGGCAUCGGAGUCAAUGGCACAGUCUUCUGGACUUCUCUCGACCCUGCCCGCGAGGAUCAGUUUGGCGAAAACCUCGACUCCCAGGGCCUGAUGCUUCCCCCGUCGCCGUCUCAAGAUGAUAACACAUCUGGAGGUCAGCUCAAGACACGCGCCAAGCCAUCCUCGCGUCACCCAGAGUUCUUCGCUGUUGGCCGGGGCAAGUCGAUCCACAUCAUUUUCCCUCGAGUUGCUGCAGAGUACGCUCGCACCAAGAGCCGCAUCUGUCACACGGAGAAAUAUCUCAAGGAGCGCUCUCUCAAGAUCCUUACUGGCAAGGCUGGAAAGGACUUUACGUUCAGCGAGGACGACACAAUUAUUGUUUCAUUGGACAAGGCUGGCCGUAUGCGUUUCUGGGAUAUCCGCAGCCUGACGGAGCCUGACCUGGGCAACCCUCGCAGCCCACCACGACAGGUAGAGGUCUCCGAGACUCUGCUCGAGUUCCACACUACGACUCCAAACGCCAAGUCAUGGCCUACUUCAGUCUUCUUCUUUGACAAAGACAAGCCAUACACUAAGGGUAUUGCGCUGCGAUAUGUCAUGGUUGGCAUGAAGCAGAACCACGCCUUCCAGCUAUGGGAUCUUGGUCUCAACAAGGCUGUCCAAGAGAUUCAUCUACCUCACGAGAACGAAUCCGACGCCAUCUGCAGCGUGUCGUUCCACCCCCGUACCGGAAUCAUGGCGGUUGCCCAUCCCACAAGGAACUCGAUCUUUUUCGUCCACGUUUCCUGCCCGCGUUACAACCUGCCUGUUCUCAGCCAAGCUGCCUACAUCUCUCGUCUGGCAAACAAGAGCGACAAGGGCCAGAACCCGCUACCCCCUGUUAAUGCUACAGCCAUUAUGACAAGCAUUACGGAAUACUCGUUUGCGCCCAAGGGGCAGAUCAGGAGUCUGCAUAUGCUCAAUGAGCCUGCUGGUCCCGCCGACGUUGAUGACCCUGACAAUGCAGCUCUCUUUGAGCUGUACGUCAUGCACUCCAAGGGCGUCUGCGUCCUGCGCAUUCGGCGCAGCGACCUCGGCUGGAAGAAGGAAGGUGAACCAAUCUAUCCCAAGGAGGCUGAGCAAGAAGGCAUCAUCACCAUCUCACAGCUCAAGGCGCCACAGCCACCCGUUACAGAUGAAUCGUCUGCUGCGGGAGACACCCCUGCACCCAAGUCGGUUUCAGAUCGGUCCGCCCGCGAGACUGUCAAGAGAGAGAACAGCAACGUUUCCAAGCAGACGAUGAACCAAGAGGCCGCUGUGCGUGCAUCUACUCUCGCCAAGGUUGAGAGCAAGCAAGAUGCGGCUCGCGCAGCAAUCAUCAAUGGUGGUAGCGAGAAGUCCGAAAAGAAAAAGAAGAAGCGCUCGGGUGCCACAGAGGCUGCAUCUCAGGUGUCAGCGGCUCCAUCCAUUCUGACUUCAGCUUCUACUCGCGCACCCCCGUCUAUGCCUCCGUCAUACGCGCAAGCUGCACAGGCGUCUCCGCAAUCCAAGUCUCCUGCACCUGUAGAAGCGCCUGUCGACCAACAGUCUUCCAAGGCCAAGACUCCUGACACCUCUGAGGCGCCCGAGUGGGCCAAGCAGCUCCUUAAGCAUCUCCAACGGCAGGCCCCUGCACCGACAGUCAUUGCUCCUCCCAGUGAUUUGGACUCUAACAAGUUUGUGGCGCUUAUGCAAGCUGAGAUCACCAAGGGCUUCUCUCGCGAGUUGGAUGUCAUGUACAAGCGAUUCGACGAAGACAAGCGCGUUCUCAACGCGGCGAACGGUGCCAAGCAAGAGGCCAUACUACGCAUGGUUUCUAGCACACUCAACGAGAACGUGGAAGGUGUCAUCAGGAAGAUGGUUGAUGACAACAUCCGUAACGUUCUACUCCCCGAAGUACUGGCCAAGACGUCUGCCACUGUUGAGCAAGGUCUCACUACCAAUCUCAAGUCGGCCUUGGGACCUCAACUCUCCAAGGAAGUGGGUGAUGCAGUAUCUCGAGCUCUGAAACAACCCCAAACGGUCCAGUCCCUUUCUGAUCACGUAGCGAAGAAGAUCAGCGGCAACCUUGAGUCUAUGGUGGUCGCUUCCGUUGGAUCCAUCGUCAACCCUGCCAUGUCGAAUCUGACCAACGUCAUCGAGCGUCAAAUCGGAGCGGAACUUCGUCAAGCUCACACUCAGCGCCGUGAAGACACUGCCAAGAUUGCCACACUGACCGACACUGUCCAUACCUGCCUGGACACGAUUCGGACUAUGGCUGCGACGCAAUCCGAACUUCAAGCUCAGAUUGCCAAGCUUCAGCUGGCCAUCGAAGAGCGCCCAGUUCAGACUGGCGCUCGUGGAGAAGGCCCUUCGCGCAUUACACGCUCUCCAAAGAAACAAAAGACGCAAGAGGAGCUUGAGAUUGAGUCCAUCCAUAGACUCAUGUCCGAGGGCAACUUCGAACAAGGUACCAUGCAGUGGUUGCAAUCCCCACGCAGUGCUGCACUCUUUGACGAAGUCUUUGUGCGCUAUGACCCCGCCUAUCUUGCCCAGGUGAGCCCGUUGCUCGCGCUCUCGACUGGAGCAGUGGUUUCUGAAUCACUAGGGCGCAACUUGCCCGAACGCCUCAUGUGGCUUAAUGCUGUCUUUAUAAGCGUCAACCCCAACGAUGCCGACAUUCGCGACAUCAUUCCCAAGAUCAUGGAUGUCGUUGUCCAACGCCUAACGACUGCCUACAUCCAGCUCAACGAGAGUACCCCUGGUAGUCCGCUUCUCCGCGUCAUUUCUCAGCUGGUCACCAAAUGCAAUGAUAUGACUCGCGCCGUUGCACCCUUCAGCCCACGCUGAUGAAGUCUAGAAGGUUAUCUUUAAACACUCAGCCACAGCAAUGAGAUGGCUUUGUGCUGAAAAUGCCUUGCCUUCCCAUGAUUGAAGCUACUUGGACUCCCGCCCAAACACGGCGUCCAAGUCUCUCCUGCUAGUGUUCUUUGAUACCCGAUUUGGAUCAUUACUGAGCAUCACGAACUAGCCAAGAUGCAC